AUGACGGCAUCCAAGAGACUCCACUUGAGGAGCAUGGUGCAGGACAUUACGGUCCAUGGUUUCUUGAGUGGGGUCAGCAUGAGCACUGACAUCACUAGCAUCGAUAUCCCUCGAGAUGCUUCUCUCGUGGUGACACGUGAGGAUUCGUCGGAGCAACCGCUUGAUCAGAAGAUCUCGGACGUGAUGCUGCCACGUUCCCCAGAGCCAGUCUACUUGGCUCUUGCAGUGUCCGCCUCGGACGAUCCCGAGGCGGGAAGCGCCGCCUUCGAGUCGGAUACAUCGUCAGACUCGCCAGAAUAG